UCGUCCUUACCACGAACAAAACCACCUCUCAAGUCCCUUUAAUUGGAUUACACGCGUCCUCCACUCUCCCACGCGAAGAUAAAAUGAUUCAAUCCGUACAAUUAAUGGCCCAUCUAAACACCUCAAAUCGUACCUAAUCAAAUGGUGGUGGAUUGCAUUCGAAGGCUCUGCCACUGCUGCUGCCCCCGUAGCGCUUCUUCUGCGGAGCCCGAGAUCGCAAUGGACGUCGGAGGAGAAAACGGGAUCACGCAUCGGACGGUGGAGGUGAACGGGAUCAAGAUGCACGUGGCGGAGAAAGGGGAGGGGCCUGUGGUGCUGCUGUUCCACGGAUUCCCGGAGCUCUGGUACACGUGGCGCAACCAGAUCCACGGCCUCGCCGCCCGCGGCUUCCGCGCCAUCGCCCCCGACCUCCGUGGCUACGGCGACUCCGAAGCCCCGCCCGAAGCCGCCGACUAUACCAUCUUCCACAUUGUCGGCGACCUCGUCGCCCUCAUAGAUACUCUCGGUUCCGAUCAGGUAUUUGUGGUGGGGCACGACUGGGGUGCGAUUAUAGCGUGGAACCUGUGCAUGUUUCGGCCGGAGAAGGUGAAGGCGUUGGUGAAUCUGAGCGUAGCGUUUGCGCCGCGGAACCCGGCGCGGAAGCCGGUGGAGUAUCUGAGGUCCCUCUAUGGUGACGACUACUACGUGUGCCGAUUCCAGGAACCAGGAGUGAUAGAAGCAGAAUUUGCUCGCCUUGGGACUACAUUGGUACUCAAAAAGUUCUUAACAUAUCGUACUCCCGGCCCCCUAUUUAUCCCCAGGGAAGGUUGGGGUUCGCCAAAUGACCAAAUUCCUUUGCCUCCUUGGCUAUCUGAAGAGGACAUCAAAUACUACGCGAGCAAAUUCGAGAAGACCGGUUUCACGGGCGCGCUGAACUACUACAGAUCCUUAGACACAAACUGGGAGCUCACGGCGCCAUGGACUGGAGCGCAAAUUAAGGUCCCGACCAAGUUCAUCGUGGGGGAUCUGGACUUGACUUACCAUAUCCCUGGGAUCCAGGACUUCAUCAACAAGGGUGGUCUCAAGAAGUACGUCCCGAACCUCGACGAAGUGGUUGUUAUGAAGGGAGUGGGUCACUUCAUCAAUGAAGAAAAACCGAAUGAGAUUACCGAGCAUAUAUCCAGUUUCUUUAAGAAAUUCUGACAUUGUGUGUGAUGAUAUUUUUUCGCUAAAUUAUACAGAUUAUUUAUAUUCAUGCUGUUUGCAAGUAACCGUAUUGUAAGUAUAUACACAAAUAAGCUUAGUGGGUGUCAGUAUAUGUGCGGUAAUUAUAUGAAGUGAGGGUGUUGUUGUAUGUGUGAAUUCAAUUGAACAUACUGGUAAUGUUUCUAUGUGGAGCCUUCAUUUGUCUCA